AUGACGUCCCCACAACCUCUCAUGGCUCUCGCGCAAUCCUUACGCCUGCUUGGCGGUGUAGCCAGAAUCCCCGUUAUAGUUUCAAGCCGCACCGUUUCUCGACGGAGCUUUCACGGUUCGACCUUAAGAGCAAGCGACAAAGGCAAGGCAAACUCCAACGAUCUCAAAGGCUCCAAAGCAGCAUUCACGCAGCGACAAAUUCUCGAUGAGCUCCGAGCGUCGUCCUCCUCAUCCUCUUCUUCGUCUCUCUCCGAAGCUCAGCCUCGACCGAGGUUCAACGCAACCGCAGAAGCAGCUCUGGAUGCAGCCUCAGGCUCGAGAGGCGGAGGCAUUCCGCUUAGUACGGCUGCAUUGUCCGUCGGCGGAGGAGAAUUCGACUCGAAACCAACCCUAAUCGACCGAGCAAGCGGACAAGGUAAACGGUGGUCGAAGCUCAAAACCGGCCAAAAAGUAGCUCGUGCAACAGUACAAUCCUCACGAACCAUGCUCAUCUUCGGCGGCGGCGCUCUCACUUUUGUGCUUGUCUACGCGCUGACUAGUGAGCUGUUCGCUAAGAACAGUCCCACCGUUAUCUACGCUGAUGCAUGCAAGCAUGUACAGAACAGCAGUGGGAUUGCGGAGCAUCUUCUGAAACCGUACCGCUUCAGGACCUCGCCGGUUGACUCGAGCGGCUCGAGUGACUUCUCACCGCUCAACCCGCCUUCUGUGAAGAAUAGGAGACGGUCAAGAUCCGUGCCGUCGGUGUCAUUUACGGACGAGAGAACCGGAGAGGAGAAGAUGUUGCUGCGGUUCUGGAUUGGAGCGAGAGAGAAGGGUGAGGAUUGGUCGAUUUGGCAGACUGCAAGGUAUCAAGUGGUGGAGGCUGGAAAGUGGGUCGGCCGAAAGGUGACGGAAGGUGGUGAGUGGUUGGGUGAACAACUUGGUCUGGACGGUGCUGAGGAUGCAAUUGACAGCGAGAAAGCAAGCUCUUCUCCCAGCAACGCUUCGAGCGGGCCUUCUUCAGCGAUAACAGCAAGCAACAGCGGGUCGUCGGACAACGCCUUGAGCAGAGCAUGGAGCUCAGUAAUGGGUGGGCUGACAAGUGUCGUCCGUAGCUCGACGGAAGCCAUCAGCUCUCCGUUCAACUCUUCGUCAGCUCCCAAGUCUCGUCCAACGCUGGAGCCUGGAACAUGGUCGUCCGGAGAAGUACACGCUGAGCUUAUCAAGGAUCAAGAUGGCACGUUGCAGUACCGAACGCUGUUUGUCGACAUUCCCAACUCGCAGGCUUUCACUCGUCAACGAGUUUGGAUCAUUCGGAAGCCAGGCGAGGUGCAGAGAUGA